AUGGAUUUGGAUCUGGAACUCAACUCGCGUCUCAAGGCCUACCGUUUCAUUGCCUACUCGGCAGUCACUCUUUCUGUGGCCGCUGUUUUUGGAGUGAGUUUGACAAAAAAAAGGUGGCACACCGAUCGGUUGGUGAUUUCAGAUCUGCUUCACUCUUCCGAUGCUUCACAACUAUGUGGCGGGCAUGAAGACACACGUGGGCAAGGAGUUGAACUUGUGUAAGCAUACCACGUCUGAUCUGUUCGCUGAGAUGGCACACAUUAAGGUGAGACAUUUUCUUCCUCCUCCUUCCUUUUUUCAUUUCUUCUUUUGCCAGAAGAGCUCCAAAAACGCGACCCGCUUCGGAAGACAAGCCGGAUACGGAGAGGCCGCCGAGUACGACGACGACGCAGCGGUGGAAGUUGGCCCUGCCGCUGUUUCCAGCGGCUCCUGCUCAGGAUGCUGUCAGCCGGGACCAACCGGUCCACCGGGACCUCCCGGACAGCCGGGACGCCCAGGAAAGCCGGGAGUGUGCGGAACGCCAGGAAACCCAGGAAAGCCGAGCGGACUUCCUUGCGAUCCAGUCACUGUUCCACCAUGCAAGCCAUGUCCGCCGGGAGCAGCCGGAGAGCCAGGACGUGACGGAGCUCCAGGAGCACCAGGAAAGCCAGGUCAGCCAGGAGUUGGAGGAGGAGCCGGAGCACCAGGACCAGCAGGACCAAAGGGAGCGCCAGGAGCGCCAGGAAAUCCAGGAAGAGCCGGACAACCAGGACAGGCCGGAGAGCCAGGAGCCAGCUCAAAUGAGGCCGGACAGCCAGGAGCACCAGGACAGCCAGGACCACGUGGACCACCAGGAUCCGCCGGAAGCCCAGGAGCCAACGGACAAGCCGGAGCGCCAGGACAGCCGGGAUCCCGUGGAAACGAUGGAGCACCAGGAAACGACGGAAAGCCAGGAGCUCCGGGAGCACCAGGACAGUCCGGAGGAGCCGGAGAGAAGGGAAUUUGCCCCAAGUACUGCGCCAUCGACGGAGGUGUCUUCUUCGAGGACGGAACUCGCCGCAGACGUUAGAUUUACCAGCAUUUUUACGAACGGUAAAAACGAAAAUAAACUUUCUGAUAUUCACCUGUUUUAUCACACUUGUUUUAUCACAAAAAGCAGGCUCGGAUAAUAGUCAUAAUCUUGAUCUCUUAAUCUUCUAUUUUUCAACCUACAUAUCAGUCUUUGGUAAAUAAUCGAGGUAACAAUAACGAAGAUUCUAGGGGCCUGACGCGCUUCUUUUGUGUUCUUUGAGAACUUUGCUCCGGACGUCUGCCUUCACACGACACUGGAUUGUGAUUACAAUAGCCCCCUCCCUAUAUAUCCCUAAAGACCCAAGAAAAAAGAUCUCUCAACACUAUUUGUUUUUUGGUGUCAGCACCUACCUGCCUUAGCCUUAGACAUCCUCGCAUCCUAUAAAAGCGAGAUUAAUUCCGGCAGACGCAUUGCAAUCGUCAUGAUCGACCCAAUCUCCUUAUUUUUCGUCACUUUUCACACUUUUGCGGCACUCGUCGGAUGCUCACUCAAUGCUAUCGUCGUCUUUUUGGCUAUCUUCCGGAGUCCUAAGGUCGAGUGCAACAUCAGCGAACCGUAGGCGUACUUUCCGUGUUCAGGCCAUCGCCGCCUACACCACAAUUCUGCUCAACUUUGCAAUAACCGACUUCCUCGCGUGUUUCACCGACCUUUUCAUUCAAAUGCGUCACAUUCCGGCCGGAUUCACGCUCGCCUACACGUCCCGAGGAUUGUGCACACUUGUCGGCCCGCACUUUUGUUUCCUCGUGUGAGAAACAUCCUCUAGAUGGUAGAAAGAACAAGCAAAACCUGAGAUCGUUUCAGCUACAGCAUCAACAUCUCGCUAGUGGCGCACGGUCUGUGGUCGUUACUUUUGGGCUUCGCCUACCGAUACUACAUACUUUUCCAUCCCGCGCCUACUAGAAAAAUGCUGAUUUUCGUGUUGCUCCUCAUUUAUAUACCAUCGUUCGCACAAAUGGUGAGAGGCUCGGUGAAACUGAAACACACCACUUGUCGUUUAGUUCAUUUUCCUGCUCGCCGACGAUGAUCCGGUGGAGAUCAAGCGAAUUCUGAUGGAACGAUUGCCAGAGUAUGAAUUCGAGAACGCGACAGUCUACGGAACUAUCGAUAUCAUCGAGUUCCCGGCAAUGUACACGAUUCUUCAUAUGACGUGUCCGAUAACUCCAGUCUACAUAACUAUUUGGAUACUACGAAAGAAAAUUAUAGGAAAACUGGUGGCAAACACGAAGGAUAUGUCUACAAACACCCGAGAAAUGCACAGACAACUCUUAAAAGUGGGUCCAAGUGCCCGCCGCCGAUUUUGUCAAGCAAAAGUUUCAGGCGCUGACGUGGCAAGCGUUGAUUCCCGGCUUCUACUUAAUGAGCAUCGCUUCCUACGUCAUUGCUCAGUUCUUUUUCAACCAUCCAAUCUUCGAGUACACCACACUCACCGGAUUUUUGUUCAUGCCCGUGCUAUCCCCGUUGUCCUGUUUGAUUUUCAUCCAGAUCUAUAGAAAGCGAGUACUCUCAUGGUUGGUUUAUUUGAAAGCGUGCAUGUCAUUCCGAGAAUUUGUGCUAUUCAGGUGGUACACUUUGAUCGGGAAGCCAAUACCCGAAGAAUGGCAUGCGGUUCUCAAUAGCGCCGUGAAAGUAGCCACAACUCCCGGACAUGUCUCUAGUGUCAUGCAGUCCACCGAAAUCAAGUCUAAACAUUGAUGCUCACAGUGAAAUAAACGUUUGAAUGUUCGUUAUCAUCACGUGCUCUCGUCUCUCCUCUUAUCGGGUCGCUUCUUCACAUUUCCAUUCACUUUUCCGUAAUAUGAAACUUCAAUUUCUCCUAUUCCUAAUCUUCUCGUUCUUUUCACUUUGCCAACCGGCUCCGCGUUUCAACUGCUUCCCAGAGCCCAAAUCCAUAAGUCAAUCUGCUUGUGAGGCAAGAGGGUGUAUUUGGAACUCGCUAAGUGCCACUACUGUAGAAGGAGAACCUGUCUGUUAUUUCAAAGACGGAGUUGGCUACAGGGUAGCAAAACAGAAUGGAACAGUCUACGAUUUGGAGAAGAAUAAUGGUCCUCGCAAUCCGUGGGGCGACGAUUUUCGGGUGCUCAGCGUUCUUAAUGUGGAGUUGAUUUCGAGUCGUCUUCCAGAAUAUUCAACUUUCCACCACAACACUUGGAAGCGUGUUGAACAUCAAAAUCGGAGUGGACGGACGGUAUGAACCGCCCGUCGACUUCCCGAGAACAACGUUGACUUCGCCCGAUACUCUCCUAUUCACCACCACCUCUUCUGACGACCUUUUCUGGUUCUCGGUGAUUCGAAAUAGCACGAAUCGGAAGAUUUUCGACACUUCCCUCGGCGGCCUCAUAUUUUCCGAUCAAUUUCUGCAGCUGGCCACCUAUCUUCCGAGCGAGAAUAUGUACGGAUGGGGUGAGAAUGCGCAUCAAACGUUGAAGGUGAGUGGCCAUCUCAAACGAUAUUCCAUCGUCAUAUUCCAGCACAACUUCUCCCGCUAUCUCACAUGGGGCAUGUUGGCUCGUGACCAACCGCCCAACUCCUACACCCUCGACACAAUGAAUCUGUACGGUGUGCAUCCGUUUUUCAUGAUUCUGGAGCCGGACGGAAACGCGCACGGAGUACUCGUAUUCAACUCGAAUCCACAAGAGCUCACAACUGCACCUGGACCGUCUUUAAUUUACAGAACUAUCGGCGGCAACCUGGACUUGUACUUUUUCCCAGGACCGAGUCCGGGGGAAGUGACUCAACAAUACUUGGCGUUUAUCGGCAGACCAUUUCUGCCCGCGUACUGGGCGCUCGGAUAUCAGUUGUCGAGGUACGGAUACAGUGGAUUGGAUGAGAUGAAGCAAAGGAUCGGAGCUGUGAGAGAUGCCGGCAUUCCGUUGGACAUUGCGGUCGCCGACAUUGAUUACAUGAAUCGGUACAAAGAUUUCAGUACGAACGAGGUGAGCGAGAGAUGCUAACGAAUGAGAAUCGAAUAGAACGUUCAGAAGUGGAGUGGUUUCGAGGACUACGUGAAACAAAUGCACGGUUGGGACAUGAAAAUGAUUCCGAUCUUCGAUCCGGCCGUCGAAGCCGACUAUCUACCCUUCCAACGGGCUCAAGCUGCACACGCCAAGUUUAUCGAAUGGGAAUCGUAUUCGCAAGUUCAGCACACGAUUCAAAGUCUCUAUCCGAUGGCGACGAACACGAAAAUAAUGUUGGGAGUGGUUUGGCCGGAUCAACACGUCGCAUUCCCGGAUUUUUUGGAUUCGACGGGACGGACUCAGGCUUGGUGGAAGGACGAGUUGGAGUUGUACCAUAGCCGAAUGCCAUACGACGCGAUAUGGAUUGAUAUGAACGAGCCGGCGAACUUUGGCACAAAUGAACAGCAUCCUUGGUACUUUGACAGUGCCGAUCAUCCGAAUGAUGCUCCGUUGUUCUGUCCAACUAAUGGUUCCAACCGAUGGGAUCUACCCCCCUAUCAGACGCAUUCCGUCUACUAUUAUGGAGGAAAUUCGAAUGUGAGUAACGCAUUGGGCUCAUAGACUCUACUUAGAGCGUCUUUUCAGAAUGCAUACCUCUCCUCGAAGACGGUGUGCAUGACAGGUGUCCAGAACAACGGAACUUACCGAUUCUACGACGUGAAAAAUAUUUACGGACUCACAGAAGCGAUAUAUACGCAGCAGGCUCUGUUGGAUGUGACCGGAAAGAGAGGAGCUGUGGUAUCUAGGUCUGAGAUUGCUGAUAAUCUCACAAACACUCUACACGGUCUCCCAGGGCGCUAAUGCUAAACACAGUGCGCUCGUAAAUUGCGGAGUGUCGUUGUAACUUUUGAAAAUUUGCAGGUCUAAAAAUGCAGUUCAAUUCGAGUUUACGACCUUUAUUUCUAUCUUUUUGACUUGAAAAACGUCUAGAAAACAAUAUUCUACUGAUUGGAAACCGUUCUUUACAGAAUUUAGAGUUUUUCAUGUUUUUAGCGUCUUUUUCGCAUUUCGUCAAAACUUCAAACCUAUAUAUUUCAGCUCAUUUUGCAUUUCAUGAGCCCAACGAACGAUAAAAAUGUUCGCCGAAUCUUUCUUCACAAAAUUCAGGUUCCGGCGGUUAGUUUUCUUGAGCAGUUUUCGAAAACUAUUCGAAAAACAUCAAAAUCCAGGCCAAAACCUUCAAAUCUAAAUAACUCGGCUAAUUCUCAACGAUAUGCGAGAUUUCUGUUACCAAAACGUAGCCAGUGCUCCAAUUAUUCGAAUCCAUGUUGCAAGCGUACAAAAAAAUAGGUGUAUUGUACAAAAAACAUGGAAAGAACGCGAACUCCCGUUGAAAAUUAAUUAAUCGGCCGCCGCGUAAAUCGACACAGCCCGCCUGUUGCAAGUGCGCCCCAUUGAAAUCAGACCGUGCUCUACUUUACUUUUCUUCUUCAGGUCAACGUUUCCCUCGGCUGGAAGAUAUACUGGACAUUGGCUGGGAGACAACACCGCUCAGUGGGAAGACUUGAGAACUUCAGUGAUUGGUGCGCAAGAGUUCAACUUGUUCGGAAUCCCGUAAGUCAUUAUCGCAAACGCCAGAAAAGUCGUGAUCCUUUUUUCACUCUUGCAGAUAUGUCGGCUCAGACGUUUGCGGAUUUCUGGGCACCUCCAACGAGGAACUCUGCUUGCGUUGGCAACAAAUGGGCGCGUUUCACAGCUUCUUUCGCAAUCACAACACCCUCGGAGCGCCCGCCCAAGACCCGGCCGUGUGGCCGUCAGUCGCGUCUGCCACAAAAACCGCGAAUCUCUUCCGUUAUCAGUAUCUCCCGUACCUCUUCAGUCUCCAUUUUCAAGCCUCCAAAGAUGGUCUUACUGUGAUUCGUCCCCUCUUUUUCGAGUUUCCAACUGACUCAGAAGUCGUCGAUUUGGGAUAUCAGUUCAUGUGGGGUUCGAGAAUUUUGGUGUCUCCUGUCGUGUGGCAAGGGGCUGCCAGCACAAACGUUUACUUGCCGAAUGUUUUGUGGUAUUCUCUGUUCGAUUACAUGUACGGAAGCAGGAUCAGUGCAGGAUACAGUACGCUUCCGUCUCCGACCACUUCCAGGAUUCCGGUGUUUGUCAGAGGUUCUUAUUUGAGGUUGUUCAAAUCAAAAACAUUGUAAUUAAUAAUUUCAGGCGGCAGCGUAAUUCCCCGUCAAACACCAACCGUCACUACCACAAUGAGCCGUCUGAACCCGUUCGAAUUGCUCAUUGCUCCUUGCGAUUUGGGCGCCGCCGCUGGAGUUUUGUACUGGGACGACGGACAGCGAAUCGUCGACUCUUUCGACUCGCACGACUACCAUCAACUCAACUUUUCGUUCAACUCAUCAAAGAGCGGCGCAGUUUUGGAAAUCACACGCGCUCGAAAGGCUUCCUUCCCGCUGCCGACUCUAAAUAUUCUGGAGAUCUUCAACUAUCCGGCGCCGCCAAACUUCCGCUCUUUUCUGCUCAACGGAAAAUCGAUCAAUGUCAAUGUUCAGAGCUCAACGUACUCUGGAAUUACAAAAACGUUAUACAUCUCAACAAAUGGGCUCAUUGAUUUGAUGUCUGCCGAUGUAAUCACUCUCCAAUGGUCCAACGUUUGA